AUGCUUCGGCCAGCAGCAGUCACUGGCAGUCGUAGUAUAUUCAUCCAAACAGAGAAUACACCCAAUCCAGAUGCCCUCAAAUUCCUGCCGAACCAUCCUAUUCUACCUCCCGGUCUCUCUUCCCCGUUUCUCGAAUACCUCAAUCCUCGAGCAACUCUCGCGCCUCCACAUCCCUCGCCUCUUGCGGCGCAAUUGAUGAACAUCGAUGGGAUUACCUCUGUAUUCUACGGAGCAGACUUUAUUACCGUCACGAAGGCGGCAGACGCGAAUUGGGCGCAUGUCAAGCCAGAGGUGUUCAGUCUCAUUACAGAAGCUGUGACGUCGGGAGCACAGAUUGUCAACAUUACCGAAAAUAAGUCGGGGGAGCAAGGCCAAGAUGGGAGCGAAGAAGAUAGUCUCAGUUUUAAUGAGAACGAUAGUGAGGUUGUUGGAAUGAUCAAGGAGCUAUUGGAAACGAGGAUCAGACCCGCAAUCCAAGAAGAUGGCGGAGACAUUGAGUUCCGAGGUUUCGAAGAUGGAAUGGUAUUACUGAAGCUCCGAGGAGCAUGCAGAACUUGUGACUCGAGUACAGUCACAUUGAAAAACGGCAUUGAAGGCAUGCUGAUGCACUAUAUUGAGGAGGUAAAAGGUGUUACCCAAGUUCUUGACCAGGAGGAGGAGAUUGCGGCUCUUGAGUUUGCAAAGUUUGAGGAAAAGCUCAGACAACAGAAAGGGCCAGAUGCAGCCCCUUCAACCAUCGGUAAAGGGUCGUUGGAUACCGUGCCAGGAUAAAGUUUGGCAUCUACUGUCGUCUGUGGGAUCAGGUAUCCGUAAUUCUAAUGCUCAACACGUCUAACAAUGCUGCAACGCAAUGCUUUCGAGACGAUCCCGUGUGGCAGUAGGCACGGAUUAAUGACCAGCUGUUCCUUUUCUCACAGGCUAUCACGACAGAGACUUAUACACCUCCCGUGCCGCCGGGUGAGCCGAAGUCUGGCAGGUGCUUUGGAUGUGGAUAUGGCUUCAGACGUUUCUUGAAUUAUAUUGCACUUGGACCACCUGUUGUUUCACAGCUUCAUAAUUAUCCAUAUGAGGUUUCGUGCAUUAUUUGGCUGCUUCGGAUACCCUUCCUUCUGCUUCGACGCCACUGUUCCACGAAGGAUGUUGAGGCGAGUAUGCUACCAAGCCCUAGAACUGGACGAGAUAUUGAAGCUCAAAACUUUUGCUAUCAUCCCGUUGCUAGCUCUUGGACUUGGAAUUGACUCAGCACCCGCUUAGACUCCCUCCUCGCCAGCUUCGAGGCAAUGGCCCUGUUGAGGCAUCCUCAACUCUACAACCACCUCCAGUCCUUUCGGUCAAUCGGUCCAAUGGCCAUCGUCGAGGGGUGCGGUGAAAUGAUCCGGCAGCGAAUCACAACUCUGACUUACUACCCACCCUCAAGCAUUCGAGCUGCAAGAUCCAAGGGGUUGCAGCUGUAGGAUGAUCUGUGCCGGAAUCCUUGAACAAUUUGCAAAAUCACUUUGCAAUGUGCAGAGC